AUCGAUAACAGCACCGAUAGAAUACCGAUGAGCGUUCCUUGUCGCUCGCAACGAAAUUUAAAAUUACGGUAAAACCUGUGAUCCCGUGGAGCAGUUAGGAGGCUAAGAGGAUAAUGGCGCCUCCCGCGGGUAGGAGCAAGUGGUCUUCAGCCGCAGGCAAGACCGGAGCGGAUCGCAACGCCGCCAUAGCCGACAAUGUGAACAAACUGAUCAGGAAGCUGUCGGGAAGGAAGGCCAGUGAGGUGGAGCUGCGCAGGAACGAGCAGCGGGCCUGGCAGCUGAUCCGCAAGUACCGCCACUGGAGCACCAUCUGCAGCGAGGCGGGCCGCACCCUGGACAGUCUGGUGAGGCGAUUCCAGGUGAAACCGAACACUGUCGGCACCGCCGUCAGGGAGCUGGCCACCAAGCUGCUGGCGCUGCCCGAACAGCUAGAAGAGCCCGGCCAGCCGGACGCAGAGGAGUCGCUGCUGAAUUUCCUGCUCAGCAUGACCAACGUGCCCGUGCAGAACAUCCGGCGCCACCGGGAGCUGAUGAAGGAAUUCCGGCUGUCCCUGGUCGCCGCCAUAGAGGAGUCCGAGCGGCUGGUGCAGGAGCAGAAGGCCGCUGCUGCCGCCGCCGCCGCCCACAACCAGCAGCUGCCUAAUGCCGCCGAAACGGAGGUGGACUGGGUGGCCCUGUUCAGCGAGGACUUCUUGGAACCCACGGAGCAGGACAGCUCGGACAGUUUAAGUGACUGGUCGGAUGACUCGGAUCAAGAAACAUCGUCGACUUUGCGGCCGGGCGAGAAUGUGGGCACCUCGUUGGAGCUGCCCCACAUGGCCAGUCUGUAUGAGCAUGCCAUGCAUGCAACGGUGGCCGUUCCGAGUGAGAGUGGCUGCGCCAGCUAUCUGCCGUCCGUUUCCGCCGAGCAUGGCAUCCGGAGGCCCUUCUUCCGCAUCACCCUGCCACAUCAGCUGGCCCUGGGCAAUCCGAGCGCGCAUCUGAGAGUGAGCAGGCUGCCCCAGCUGGAGGCGCUGCAGCCGCCGGCCGCAGCCACCGAGUACCAAGUCAGUGAGCGGGACUCGGACGUGCUGCCGCGCACAAUUCACGCCCACUGGUGGCGGCGCGACAUCGAGGUAAACGUUCUGCCACCGGACGCGGACCCGUUGGCCAACUUUGCCGUAAGCCAUGCCCAGGUGGUGAACCGCGACCGCCGGGCCCGUGGGCUGGCCGAACGGCCGUUGCCCAGCACCACCACGGAGCCGUGUCUGAUGAGGGAGAUCCUGUUGAUGUUCGUGGCGCCGGCAAACUGCUGCUUCUUCGACUUCAACGAGCUGACGCGGCGGAUCAAUGCCCGCCCGAAUGUCAGCAUCUGCACCGUGACAGCGCACACAAUGCAACAGUUCCUGCAAAUCAAUGUGGUGCCGGCACUGGAGGACAUGAUGGAGUUGCGACGCAUCAUCAGUGCACACACCUUGCACUUCGAUGAUAGCAGCACGGGUACGCUCGAAUGCUUUGCCUACUGCUUGAGGGAUCUGGUCCGGCCGAUUUGCCAGUUGCUCGUCGGCUUCGAGAACAUUGUCUAUGAUGAUCCCGAAACUGGGACGCUGCUCAACUUUGUGUUUCGGUUCAGGAAACACUUUCGGCAGCUGCGGUUGUUCCGCAAUCUGGCCGAAAACGUCAUCCUGGAGCAGGGACCUCCCCAUCUGCGCAGCGCCUAUUUGCUGUCCCGACUCUCCAGGCACACAGGCAUGCAGGUGCCGCACCAGAAGCUGGCCACUGCUCUCCUGCUGAUUUCGCUCAAGCGCUACUGCAGCAUCAUCGACUCAUGGUGGCGCAGGGCCACGCUGGAGGAUCGCCGCAACGAGUUCAUCCUGGAGAGGUGGUGGGUGGACAAGGAAGCCGGCGACACGGAGCAGCGUGGCCAAGUGCGCAAGCGUUGUGUGCAUCCGGAUGAAGGCGCCCAGGCCGUGGAGAUCUUCCGGGAACUGCAGUCCUGCCCCUUUUAUCAGCUACUGCUGGAGCACGCCCUGGAGUCGGCCGACACGCAGGACCUGCUGGCCAACGUGAAUCUGCUGGGCGAGAUGCUGGCCACCAGCUACGAGAGACAGCCGCUGUCACUGUUCGACGAGCUGGCCGCCCAGCUCUUCACGCAGAUCGAGGUGUACUGUGGCGCCCUGCCAGCGGAUGAGGAGGAUGCAGGAGCAGGAUCUCAGGAGCUGGCGCAGAAGGAUCUGGGUGAGGCGGCCGACGAGCUGUUGGUGCAGAAUGCACAGGACAACAUUCAGAACGCUGAUCUGCGGGCCAUACUGACCCGACCGGCGCAGGAGCGUCUGUUGGAGCGCCGGCGACAGCGUGAGAGCAAGAGACCGAUUGAGUUUGUGGACAUUAUGAGGCGCCUGGAGCGCACCACUUGGAUGGCGCUGCGGGACGAGCUGCCGGAGGCGCUGCGCACGAUCCUGCGCCGGAGACAGUGCCUGGCCAACGAGUACGCCAUGAGGGCGUAUCGCGUGGAGCUGCAGCUGGGCGAGAACGUGCGCUUCCUGCGGCACACGAUGCUGCUGGAGGCGUACUACCUGCAGCAGUCCUAUUACAACGCACUCUUCACGCGAAUCGAGAGCGGCGCCCGCUGGGCCCGGCGCUCGGUGCUCGAUUCGGGGCUAUUGGAGUCGCUGCGGCCGAACUACCCGCAGCUGGCCGAGAACCUGCGCAUAAAGGUGAUAUCCAAGGUCAGCAGCGACACGGACAAAUUCUACGAGGGCGUGGAGGCCCUCCAACUGGUGUACGACAUGCCAGUGGCCCUGCAGCGCAUCCUCACCGAGCGGCACAUGCAGCACUACAAUGCCGUGUGGCGGCUGAUGCUGAAGGUGAAGUGGGCCGCCUGGAAGCUAGAGAAUCUCACGUUCCUGCGGCGUCCCGGCCGAAGGCCCUACGCGCCCUUGGAUCUGAUCGGUCUGAUGAUCCGCCGCCUGGAGAUCCUGCGCUUCUGGCUGAUCUACCUCAUCGGCAGCCUGCACACACACAUCAUGCAGGCCGUGGACCAGCAGUUUGAGCUGCGCAUUGGUCUGUGCAAGAACAUUCGGCAGUUGAGCGACCUGCACGACGAGUACAUGUCGCUGCUGAUGACCCACUGCCUGCUGACUGGCGAGUUCGCCGCCUUUCGCGGGACCCUCGAGCAGCUCUUCAACCUGAUCUUUGUGCUGGAUUUGGAGUGGACCAGCUGCGCCUACCAUCUGGGCGACAACGAUGCCCUGAGCUUGGAUUUGAGCGGCGAUGCGGACAGCGAGGCGGAGGGCAGCAACAUUGGAUAUCCGGCCCUCCACCAGGUGGUGGAGAUCGAGACGACGUACAUCCGGUGCCAUCAGACUAUGGCCGCGAUUCUCACCGAUCUGGUCUACAAGCAGGAUCACGGAUUCCUAACCGCCUUGGAGGGGGCCGUCAACGGCAGUGUGCCCCACUGAGCCUGAAUCUCCUCCGUAUCAAAGUAUUACUGCAACAAUUGCCAUGCCCAACCAGGCCCAAUCAUGCCCAAUCACUCCCAUCAUUCCCAACUGAAUUA